AUGAUCAAAACUUGGUACAGUCUCAUGUGGUUGAUGUGAGCAUGUAUAUCCAAGGUUUACCUUUACUGUGUUUCAGUGUGGCUGAGGAAACCUCUUCUCAUUUGAUCUAAGAAUAUAGCAGACCUAGGCCGUCUGGUUCCAAAAGGGCUGAUGCAGAUUUUUGUUCCAGCACUUCAAGCACACACAGAUAAAUCAGUGAGGUUUCAGCUCAAGAAGCGUGGUGAAAAUGUGUCCUCUUGAUGGGUUGGAACAAAAAUCUGCAGUCCUUUUGUGGGACCAUUUCCCUCCCCUGGAAUGUGGAUAAAUGAUGCAAGAGAAAUCACUAAGUGGAAAAGUGGCUGCACAAAGGGACAUCCCUCUCAUGAAUUUGAUCCCUCAAUUGACUUUAAGUUUGCACGCAUCAGGUGCAGUGUCUUUUACUGUUGCAGUGGAGUUUAGGAAAAGGACUCCAGAUAAUACCUCAGCAGUGGCUGAAGCAGCCUGACUGAAACAUGAGACAACAUUGAGCUUUAUCCAAAUAUAGCUGUAUCACUGCGACAUAUUCUCUUUCUUUUUGCAAUUCUACGGUUACAGCUAGGUUUAGUUGACUGUAUAAUAGUGUCGUCCGCGGAAUGACAGCACGCUCGCCAUUUUUUCCUAAACGAUACAGGUGACCACGUAAUACAGGAAGUAAAGUGUAAAAAUGGCAGGAAGUGGAGCGGAUCAAAAUAAAAUAUGCCUUGUCUUGGGGUGUUUUCUGCUCUUACGAUCCCAGCUGAACGCUGCUCUGGUGGUCUGCAGUGAUGCGAACGACGCCUCUGCUCUGUUCUGUACGAACACUGCGUCGACUGUCGGUUUCGGACUCUCCCUGUACAGUCAACAACAACACGUCUGCUGCCAAACAACCGGCGCUUCACACGCACGCGUGAGCGGUGACGUGAUGCCCCCGCCGCUGUCCCGUUCAGCGGCUGCUCGGGAUCCUCCCUGCAGACGCUCGUGUCUGCUUGCGCGCGUGCUGGAGACGACCCAGCGGAGCCACACGACAACCUCGCAGGAGUCCGGCCUACGUUUUCACUAUGUCGCUGCUGGAGAGAGAGGAAAGCCCCUCAUGCUGUUCUUACAUGGGUUCCCUGAGUUCUGGUUUUCAUGGCGUUACCAGCUGCGUGAGUUCAAGAGUGAAUUCCGAGUGGUGGCUGUCGAUAUGCGAGGCUAUGGAGAGUCUGACCUGCCACUCUCCUCCGAAAGCUACCGCUUUGACUAUCUAGUUACUGAUGUCAAAGAUAUCGUGGAGUAUUUAGGAUACAACAGAUGCUGCCUAGUGGGGCAUGACUGGGGCGGGACCAUAGCGUGGCUCUUUGCCAUUCACUAUCCAGAGAUGGUGACGAAGCUCAUUGUCCUCAACUGCCCCCACCCAUCCGUUUUUGCAGAUUAUGCUCUGCGCCACCCGAGCCAGCUGCUGAAAUCCAGUCACUACUUCUUCUUCCAGCUGCCCUGCUUUCCUGAGCUCAUGCUAUCCAUCAAUGAUUUCAAGGCAGUGAGGAGCUUGUUCACCAGUCGCAGCACAGGGAUUGGGAGGAAAGGCCGCUGGCUGACCACAGAAGACUUGGAGGCAUAUUUGUAUGCACUGUCACAGCCAGGAGCUUUGACUGGAGCCCUCAACUACUUCAGGAAUGUUUUCAGCUCCCUCCCAUUGAACCAGAACCAUGUCAGGGCUCCUGUAUUGUUACUGUGGGGUGAGCGUGAUGCGUUCUUGGAGCAAGAAAUGGCCGAAGCUUGCCGUCUCUACAUCAGGAACCAUUUCCGUCUCAACAUCAUUUCAGGCGCCAGCCACUGGCUGCAGCAGGACCAACCUGACAUUGUCAACACACUUAUAUGGACGUUCCUGAAGGAGGGAGAGGGACGCAAAAGCUACAGGACCUAAAUCCACUUCCAUACCCACUCUUCCCUGCUCACAAUCCUCACCUGGAAUAUGCCUGUGAUACCAAGCAACAUCGUGAUAAUGCAAUCAUUUUUCCUUUUAUUUAUGACACAUUUUUGGAAUUAAAGCACACCACGUGUGACACAUUUUUAAGAUGUUUUGCACAUAACAUCCGCCUUAAAGUUUGUCUGUCACAGCGUUUCAAAUGUGGGGACGAAUCCCCUGUGAUUUGUACUGUGUGGUGCCUUUUAACAUUCAACUUGUCGCCGUGAUACGAUGUCCUGUGAGGUUGGGAUAUUAUGUCCUCUACUGUGCUUGUGUGUUUCACCAGACUGCUCCACUUCACUUCAAGCGCAGUCCUUUGGGAAGUCUAACUUUCCCUCCUCCCUUUCAAGGUUGUUCUGUCUUAACCACGUUACUUUCUUCUAAACAACUCUCGCUCAAAUGUAGAGAAUGUUUUUGACUUGUAUGGGAAUAAUAUUGUCAGUGGACUGUUGUAAUAUUUUGUUACUCUUCCUACGCACUGCAUUUUAAAAUUCACUGAGCCAGGUCUACACAAUUUUAUUUUUUAAAUAA